AUGGAGCGUGGGGAGCGCCGCCUUCCGCGGGGAUUGACCCUGCGCGGCCGCCGUACCGCGGCCUCGGGGGUUCGGAGCCGCUGCCCCCGCCGGGCAGAACGGGCGCUGGCGCAGGGAGCGGGGCCGCCCGCGGGGGUCGGGAUCAGUGAGGAGCUGCAGCGAGCACGGGAGGAAUGGGAGGCUGUGGAACAGAUCCAGACAGGGACACCAGCAGUACCCGUAGCCCCCAUCUCCUUCCGGGAAGCUCUGCUCUUCUUCGAGACAGCCGCAUGCAGGAGGGAGCUGUGCCCCCCCCGGCGCAGGCAGGGCCUGGCUGCUCUGCUCCGAUGCCUCUUCGGGCCCCCCCGGCUCCAGCCGCAGCUGCAGGGGGAGCAGGAGCUGGCGCUGGCCAUGGCGCAGUGUGCUUUGGAUGACAAUGAGAGCGUGCACAUGAGGAUCCUGCAGACCAUCUACAAGAAGCUCACCCGCUCCCACCUGGGCUGCCCGCGCUAUGGGGCGCACUGGGAAGAGCUUGGGUUUCAAGGAGCUGAUCCCGGGACAGACCUGCGAGGCACAGGGAUGCUGGCCCUGAUGCAGCUGCUCUUCUUCGUCAUGGACCCUCGGAUGCUGCCUCUGGCUCUGGCCAUCUUCAAACUGUCCCAGCACGAAACCCAGGGAUUCCCCUUUGGCAUCAUGUCUGUGAACAUGACCCGCAUCGUGCUGCAGGCGCUGCGGGAGGAGCGGCUCUCCCGGGAGUGCAACCGGCGGCAGGAGGUCAUUGCUGUGCUCAACGACCUCUAUGCAGCCGCCUUCCUGCGGCUCUACCGCGUCUGGAAGGGGCAGCACAAGAGCAUCACUGACUCCUGCAUCCUCCUCAAGGAGCUGGAGUUAGCCACCAAAAGGAAGCCGAAGCAGCUGCUGAAAUCCCUGGAAGCCUUUGUGAACCGCAGCCCCACAGCCGAGGGUCCGGACCCCCCAUCCCCUCCUUCCCCUUCCAGCCGGGAGCUUGGCUUCACCGACCUGUGUGCCCUGGAGGGGGAGCCCCAGCUCGGCUGAAGCACCGGGAGAGGAUCCAUAGGGACAGCCUGGAUCGGCUCCCGGUGCCGGUUAUGGGGCUCACUGAUGGGCACAGGGUGAGGAGAGGGGUCCCUGGCUGAGCCAGGAGCCUGGAAUGCCACCGAGGGGAGAGAUCCUGUGGCACAACCCCCUGACCUGAUGCUUCCAGGCUGGAAUCUCUGGAGGUGAAGGAGGAAAACAUGGACGAGAGGUGCAUUUAUCACCCGUGGGGCUGGGAUAGUCCAUGUGUGUGUCCCACGUCCACGCUCCCAUCUGUACCCCUGCACGGGGAUGGUGUUCCCAAGUACAAUCCUGACCCCAGCAGCACCCAGAGGGUGUUCCAUGGCCCAUUGGGUGUUACUGGUGGGUGCUGGGGACAGCUCGUCCUGUGCUCGCUGCGGUCGCUGUGGUGUCCGUGUGUGUGUUGGCACUGACUGAAGGGAUUAAACCAGAACCAAACGGCUGCUUUGGA